AUGAAUCACGGGCCUCGUAUAUCCUUCGUUACACGCAGCUCAACCACGAGGUUUUUGAGACAUAUAUCCAUUUCACCUUUGAGUAAAGUUGUUGCGCAAUCAAAACCAAAGCCUGUUCAUAAGUUUUCAUACGAGAAAUCCAAUAAUGUACGAAUGAAUGGUGACGAUUUGGAGACGCCUGAUUCAGCCACAGACUUCGGUGACUAUAAAAGAUCCUCGUAUGGACUAAAAGUGUCUGAAGAGGAAGCUCAGAAAAUUCCCGCCAUAUUAGCUCUCCAUGCGAGAUUGAACCUUUCACCGAAGUUCAAAAAGUCGACCCUUGUCAGAGCUCUCACAUCCAGAAUGAAGAACAAUGACUAUGCUGAUAAUCAUCAAAUGGCUCUAUUUGGAUCGAACAUGCUUUCUUAUUAUACAACAGAGUAUCUCAUAACUACCUACCCUCGACUUCCGAUUGGAAUCUUGAAGGCUGCAACUGACGCAUUUGUGGGUGAUUUUUCUCUUCACGACGUUGGCAAGAAUGUUUGGGGCAUUGAGGAAGAUUGGUCUACAAAUCUUGAAAAGUACCUGUCCAAAGAGCCAAAGUUGUUCAGAUUUGGCAGACUUAGAUAUGACAGACAAGCAAAAGAAGUGGAAGCAGGUAUUACAAAAUAUAGUAUUUCAUCCGAAACUUCCUUGAGUACUGCCACCGCAUAUGCUAACAGUGUCAGAGCUAUCGUCGCUGGUGUGUUUGCUGCAGACGGUGAGCGAGAAACCAAGGAUUUCAUUUACAAACAUGUCUUGUCAAGAAACGUGGAUAUAUCAUCGAUGCUCGAAUUUGAGGAGCCAGGAAAAUUGUUAGCAAGGCUUCUCAAAACAAAGAGUAUGGAGGCUCCUACCAUUAGGCUCAUUUCUGAAACAGGUAGACAAUCGAGUUCCCCAACGUUUAUUGUUGGCUGUUUCAGCGGAGAUAAUCUUCUAGGAGAGGGACAAGGAACUUCUUUGAAAGAAGCUCGUAUUCGAAGUUGUGUCAGCGCUCUCAAAGCAUUUUACCUAUACAAACCACUUGAGCCUCGCGUUCCAAGUGAUGAUAGUUUCAAGCCAUUAUUCGUCGAUGAGGGAGAGUCGUUUUAUUGA